ACUGUAUCGUUCCUUCGCGUUCGUGUGGGGGCCGUGUGAAUCCAGCGGGAGUGUUUGCUGUGUAAUGGCGGCCUCGUUGUUGCUCUCCGCGGAAAGCGCUGUGCCCUCGUUUAUCAUCGGCCAUCCCGCCGGAGCCUCGUCGGCGGGAGCAAGCGGCCAUCACGAAUUAUCCAAUAUUCCCGGAGUCGCGUCCUGGAGCCGCUCGCUGGACCGAGCGCUGGACGAGGCGGCGGCCACCGGAGUGCUCAACCUGAGCGGCAGGAAGCUGAAGGAAUUCCCGAGGUGCGCCGCCGGACACGACCUCACCGACACCACCCGGGCCGACCUUUCACGAAACAGGUUGACGGAGCUGCCAGUGGAGGUGUGUAUAUUUGUGUCGCUUGAGAAUCUAAACCUGUACCAGAACUGCCUACGGUCACUACCAGAGAGUCUGAUCAAUCUACAGUCACUAACCUACCUGAACAUCAGUCGGAACCAGUUGUCCACUCUCCCUGCUCAUCUGUGCCAACUGCCUCUCAAAGUUCUGAUCGCCUGCAAUAACAAGCUGGUAUCACUGCCAGAAGACCUGGCUAAACUCAGACAGCUUACAGAACUGGAUGUGAGCUGUAAUGAGAUCCAGACUCUUCCUCCUCAGAUCGGUCAGUUGGAAGCUCUCCGUGACCUCAACAUCCGCAGAAACCACCUCAUUCGCCUGCCUCCUGAGUUGGCCGAGCUGCCAUUGGUAUGGCUCGAUUUCUCCUGCAAUAAGGUAACGACAAUCCCAGUUUGCUACCGCAAUCUCAGACACCUCCAGAGCAUUAUUCUGGACAACAACCCUCUCCAGAGCCCACCUGCACAGAUCUGCAUAAAGGGAAAGAUUCAUAUAUUUAAAUACCUGAACAUGGAGGCGUGUAAAGCAACACCAGACCUUCCAGAUUAUGACAGACGACCACAGCCUUUUGGAUCCUGUGCGGAUGAUUUAUAUUCUGGUCGGCUGUAUGGAGCUCUGGACUCUGGCUUUAACAGUGUGGACAGCGGAGACAAGAGAUGGUCAGGAAAUGAGCCUUCAGAUGAGUUGUCAGACUUGCCAUUGAGAGUGGCGGAAAUCACCAAAGAGCAAAGACAGAGAAGAGAUCGAGAGAGAGAACGUGACGAGCACCGGACGGGAUCUCACGUGACUAAUGGCACAUUGGAGUCGGAGCUUGAACAGAUAGACUUUAUUGACAGCUGUACUGGGGAGGAGGAUGAGGAAGAUGGGCAGAGACGGAGAGGGGCGGAGCCAGUCACCCUCAGCUCCCAGUUCAUGGCCUACAUUGAAAGACGAAUCACCAGAGAGGGUUCACCUGUGAAGACCAGCCCAUCCAGAGAUUUCAAAACUGAGGAAGCAAGACGCCAAAUCUCCUUGCAUAACCGUGGUGGGUCUGAUACAGCUGCCUCUUCUAUAUAUGCUCACAGUCAGCGUUCGGUCAGUGUGGUAUCAGGUUCUGGUGUGGAGCGAGUGAGACGAGAAGCUCACUUGGCAGCACUGCGGUACGAGGAGGAACGCCAGACAACAAGAUCAGUCCAGAGAGAAGCUGUUAUGAACUUAGUCAAGAAUAAAUCAUCUCCGAGUCCUACGAAGCUCAGUCCAACAGACAGUGAGAGUCUGUACCCCUCCAGACGGUCCACUCACACAGAUGACUCCGCCCUCUUUAUGAGUGAAUUUGAGGCUCUACUAAUUUUUGAGAUAGACACAGAUACCAACACUAUAAAGAAGAGACCAAACCCUCACAAACAGUAUCUCUCUGCUGUGCCACUGGAUGGGUGCGUUUCUCCUGCUUUAGCCGUUGCCGCCUCCUGUACACCGCAGCAAGGUGAUGAUUAUGCCUCGCUGUCACCCACCGCCAUCCAAUCACCCACUUACCCCAGCCUGGCUGCCCUGCCCAUCUCUCGCGGCACCGCUCAUCGACCUGAGAGUUACCUGUUUCGUCUGAGUCAGCGAGAAGAAAAGAAGAAAGGAGGGUCAGGAGUACAGAGGGUGGAGUCUACAGAAGCCACUCCCACAGCAAGUCCAGCACCAACUGGAGAGGAGGCGGAGCUGAUAGAGCAACUGAGAAGAAAUAUUGAGUGUCGACUCAAGGUUUCUUUACCAAGUGACCUUGGGGCUGCAUUGACUGACGGGGUUGUUUUGUGCCAUCUGGCCAAUCACGUGCGUCCUCGAUCCAUACCCAGUAUCCACGUACCCUCACCAGCAGUGCCCAAACUGACGAUGGCAAAGUGUCGACGAAAUGUGGAAAACUUUCUGGAGGCAUGUCGCAGAAUUGGAGUUCCGCAGGAUAGCUUGUGUUCGGUAGGGGACGUAUUGAAAGGGGAGGUUGUUUGUCUUUUCAGGCUGGUUGAGGCCUUGCUCUCCAUGUCCCCACCCAACCUUCACUCUGCCCCUUCUUCCCAGCUGGCUGGUUUUGCCCUCUUUUACCUGUCAAUCAUGUCGCUGCUCUGUGCUAUCUAUUGCCACCUGGUGCCAGCUCUUUGAAUUGCACUUAUGGAGUGAUAGAUGCACUAAAAUAGCCAAUUGUUUGUGUGCACCUUUUACACAAAAUUAGCAGAUUUUACUCAAAAACCAGUGUUUGUGCGCACAGAUAUUUCCUUUUUAUAGCAUUGUCUGAAUCGUAGGGUUGGGAAUCAAGAACUGGUUCUUAUUCAGAACUGGUUCCACAAGUUUUAAAAACACUGGAAACAUAUUAUUUUCUUAAUGUUAAGUUCCGUAAACAUUUCUUUUCCCCGCCCAUGCGGACAUAACACCACACUUAAAUACGCAACAACAUGUAUAAAAUAUGACCAAAUGCGAUUUUCGAAGGAAUUUUUUUAUGCAUUUUUCAAAAAGACUCUCAAAUUGGUCUCAAACUGAAGACUUAAAUCAAUGUAAAUACUGACAGGUUCUUCCACUAACAGUGUUUAAAGAUACACAUUUAACAGUUUUGUUGUAAUAAGUGGUAGGUCAAUUAAAACUUAAAAUAUGUUACCAACAGUAGUAUUGUUUAUGUUUUUAUAUUUAUUGUUAAGUAUAUAGUUAGGACCAAUAAUUGGAGGGAUGGUGGUGGUGGUCGUGGGGGGAAUACCAAAAGAGUUGUCAAGGAACCAAAUCGUUAAAGGGUUAGUUCACCCAAAAAUGAAAAUUGUCUCAUCAUUUACUCCCCCUUAUGCCAUCCCAGAUGUGUGACUUUUUUUCUUCAGUAUUUCAGCUUUGUAUGUCCAUACAAUGCAAGUGAAUGGUGGCCAGACACUUGAAGCUCCAAAGAGCAGAUGAAGGCAGCAUUAAAGGAAUUUAUAAGACUCAAAGAGGUUUAGUAAAUGUCAUCUGAAGCCAGCCAAUCAGUUUUGGGUGAGAACAGAUCAAAAUGUAUUUCCAUUUUCACUGCAAAUCUUGUCAGCAUUCUCCUUGGCGAUCAUGAUUUCAAGCUUGUUUACACUUCCUAGUGCCAUCUAGUGCUCUGACAUCAUGAUCGUGCCUAGAGACCGCAAUGGCAAUGUGUACAGAUGAAAAAUGUGUUACACUUUUGUCUGUUUUCACUCAAAACCUAUUAGAUCACUUCAGAUUACAUUGAUUAAACUACUGGAGUAAAAUGGAUUACUUUAAUGUUGCCUAUAUCUGCUUUUUGGAGCUUUAAAGGUCUGGCCACCAUUCACAUGCAUUGAAAUGUCCUACAGAGCUGAAAUAUUCUUCUAAAAAUAGAAGAAAAGACCUACAGAAGAAAGUCGUACACAUCUGGGAUGGUAUGAGGGUGAGUUAAUGAUAAGAUCAUUAACAUUUUUGGGUGAACUAUCCCUUUAAGUGGAAUCGGAACUAGCAAUAUUAAAUUCUGUAUGAUUCCCAUCCCUACUGAAUUGCAUACAAUUGAUUGUGUGUGUGUGUGUGUGUGUGUGUGUGCAUGUGUAUAAAGGAAGCGCAUUUCCAUAGCAAAAAACAAAUCUCCAACUAAAAGCACAAAGAUGGGUGGAGUCACCCAUUCAGCCUUAAAUUUAGAUAGAAAAACAUGCUGCCUGCUCACAAAACAAGCUGUUUAUUGUGCCAUAGAGCUGCUGUUUCCCAAAGGAAUAUUGCGAGAGGGAGUAUUUUUUGUAGAAUUCGAUUCGAAUUUUUGGGAGUGUUUCCAUGAGCUCUACCUUACGACGACAAACCAUAAAAUCUCUGUUUAUCCCUUUGUGCCUUACUGUGGUGUGUGUCCAUGUCUUCCACCUCACAGUUAAACAGAAAACAUCUCAACUCACUAAGAGCACUAAACCCUACAGUUAUUGAUCAUGUUGGCAAUCUUUCACCAGAAGCAGUUUUCUCAGCGUUGAAAUAACACCAUACUUCAUUGUCAACCUGUACAUGUCUGUUACUAAUAUAUAACACACAGGAAAAUUAAUUGUCACAUUUGUGUGCCAUAUUGCCUGAUUUUCCUACAACCUGAAUGUUGUCCUCCUUUUUUCUACAAUAAAAAUCAAAACUCAAGUAUCUAGUGUAGACUUGCUUUCUAUUGUGGGUGUUUCUCCACUCUUUCCUUUUUUAAUACUUUUGUCUCUCUUCCUCACAAUAAUAAACAUGAUACAGGGACCCCACAGUUAUGGAACACUUGGAGAUUACAUCUGGAUAAUACAAGGAAUUGUAGUUAACAAAAUUAGGCCAUUCUGUGGUUAUGGGUUCAAGUCCCACAAUACUGGCAGCUUUUUGUUGGGGUGGGCUGGUGUAGCUCAUUGGUUGUAAUUGUAAGGUUGCUGGUUCGAUCCCCACAAGGAUUGAAGGCCCAUUCACACCAAAUUAGUGGAGAAUUUGUGAGACGAACUGCCGACAAAUGGUCUAUUCACACUGAGUGGAAAAAAAAUGUAAAACGAUUUCACCCCUAUACAGUAGGCGGCGCUGUUAUACAAACAUAAUGCAUUGAUCUUUAAAGGGUUAGUUCACCCAAAAAUGAAAAUUAUCCAAUAAUUUACUCACCCUCAAGCCAUCCUAGGUGUAUAUGACUUUCCUCUUUCAGCCAAACACUAUCAGAGUUAUUUAAAAAAAAUAUUCUGGCUCUUCUAAGCUUUAUAAUGGGAGUGAAUGGUACCUUAGAUUUUGAAGCCCAAAAAAG